AUGUCUUCGAUCGCAAAGGGUCGGCCCUCGCGCCGCACAGCCGCGCGCCGAAGCUAUGUGGUCGAAGAGACCUCCGAAUCAGAGGACCCCGGCAACGUCACGCCAACGGCCUCGAUGCAAGAUGAUGAUGAAGAUGACGACGACGAUGAGAGCGAGGAAGAGCAAGAUUAUACCCCUGUCCCCAAUAAGGCGAAGCGCGCAUCUGGGAAGCGGUUGACUCUAGAACCCGUCACACCUGCCACCGUGAAACCGGCGCAAAAGUCACAACGAUCAAGAGCAUCCAUUGCACCCGCCGCAGAAGACUCGGAUACCUCCCAGGCUGAGGAAACGGACGAGAAUGAUGAGAAUGAUGAGGGAGUCAGUAUGGCCUCUGUGGUGGCUGACCCAGACUCGCCCUCAAACCAAGCGGCGCUGAAGCGGAAGAGCAUCGAGCCUGCAGAGGCUGAUCCUGAUUCGCCUUUGAAUAAGGCAUCAUUGAAAAGACAAAGUAUGACUCAACCCCUCAAGAGUCGUGGCUCGAUCACGCCCAAGUCGACAAAGGGCUCACUUCCCACUCCAGAGCCGUCCGCGUCGCCAGAGCCCACUCCAGCGCGUGCGCAUCGGGAGAGUGUGCCACCUCUGUCCGACAUCACCGAAUCCGCUGUGAACAACCCAUCUCCAUCGAAGCAAUCCGAAGAGCCCAAGUCCCAAAUCUCGAUUAUCAACCCGAACUCGACUAUUCUCGAGAAGCCCAUGGACAUUGUGAUGAAGUCGAGGAACAUGGCGCUGCCGGCGUCAGCGGAGGAACCUGCAGAGCCAAAGCCCCGGAUGAUCAUCCAAAAUUUGAUUCUGACAAACUUCAAGAGUUACGCCGGCAGACAGGUUGUUGGCCCGUUCCAUGCCUCUUUCUCCUCCGUGGUUGGUCCCAACGGUUCGGGCAAGUCGAAUGUUAUUGACUCGCUCCUCUUCGUGUUCGGAUUCCGUGCUAGUAAAAUGCGCCAAGGCAAGAUCUCUGCCUUGAUCCAUAAUUCAGCACAGCACCCCGACCUCUCGUUCUGUGAAGUGGAGGUCCACUUCGAACAAGUUCUCGACCUUCCUGACGGAGGCAAUGAAGUCAUUCCAGAUUCGCAUCUGGUCAUUUCUCGACGAGCUUUCAAGAACAACAGCAGCAAGUAUUAUAUGAACAAGAAGGAAACCAGUUUCACUGCUGUGACAACUUUCCUCAAGGACCGCGGCAUCGAUCUCGACCACAAGCGAUUCCUGAUCUUGCAAGGUGAGGUCGAAUCAAUUGCACAGAUGAAGGCAAAGGCCGCAAACGAGCACGAUGAGGGCCUUCUUGAAUACCUGGAGGAUAUCAUUGGAACUUCCAAGUACAAGACCCCUAUUGACGAAGCUGCCACGGAACUGGAAUCCUUGAACGAUGUGUGUAUUGAGAAGAACAAUCGUGUUCAACAUGUUGAAAAGGAGAAGACUGCGCUUGUGGAUAAGAAGGACAAGGCUCUGGCAUACAUCCGCGAUGAGAACGAACUUGCCGAGAAGCAAUCAGCCCUCUAUCAAAUCUACAUUAAUGAGUGUGCUGAUAAUGUGCGCGUCACCGAGGAGGCCAUCCUCCAGAUGCAGGAGCUUUUGAACAUGGAGCUCGAGAAGCACGAAGGCAAUGAGUCGGGUAUCAAGGAACUCGAAAAGGCCUACAAGCGUGGCGUUCGUGAAUACGAAAGCAUGGAGAAAGAGUCGCAGGCUUUGGCUAAGGAGAUGGCCAAGUACGACAAGGAAAACGUCAAGUUUGAAGAGAAACGGAAAUUCCUCCUGGGCAAGCACAAGAAGCUGGAGAAGACAAUGCAGACCAGCCGACUUGCUGCUUCUGAGUGUCAAAGCUUGGUCGAGAAGUUCACCGACGACAUCGAGAAAAAGACCAAAGAAACGGUUCAGCUCGAGAAUGAGAUGAAGGCUGAAGAGGAAGAGCUAGACUCUAUUCGCGAAAGUCUCAAGGGCAAAACGCAGGGCCUCUCCGAACAAAUUGCUGUGAAGCAGAAGUCUCUCGAGCCCUGGAACGAGAAAAUCAACCAGAAACAGUCCGCCAUGGCUGUUGCGCAGAGCGAGCUCGAUAUCCUGCAUGAGCGAAGUAAUGCUGGUGCUGUUUUGUUAGAGGAGGCCCAAAGCAAGAUUGCCACCAUCGAGGAAACCAUCCAGACCAAGCAAAACGACCUUGAGGAGCGACAGGCCCAGAAAGAGACUUUGGAGGCCGAACUCGCCAAGCUGCAGAGCGACUUGAAGAAGUACGCCGCUCGCGAGCCGGAAGUCCGAGCCCACGUCUCUAGCGCCCGACAAAAGGCCGACGAGGCUCGAGUCAGCCUGGCCAGCACACAGAACCGUGGUAGUGUCUUGACCGGUCUCAUGCGACUCAAGGAGUCUGGUCGUAUCGAUGGAUUCCACGGCCGUCUCGGGAACCUGGGAACUAUCGAUGAACAGUACGACGUUGCUAUUUCUACCGCCUGUCCUGCGCUCGACAACAUGGUGGUGGAGACCGUAGAAGUUGGUCAGCAAUGUAUCGACUACUUGCGCAAGAACAACCUUGGACGUGCCAACUUCAUUCUCCUUGACCGUUUGCCUCGCCGUGACAUGUCGACUAUCUACACCCCCGAGAGUGUCCCCCGCCUUUUCGAUCUCGUCAAACCCAAAGAUCCCAAGUUUGCGCCUGCUUUCUACAGCGUAAUGCAGAACACUCUCGUGGCUAAGGACCUCGAGCAGGCGAAUCGCAUUGCCUACGGUGCACGACGAUGGCGCGUGGUGACCCUGGAUGGUCAGUUGAUCGAUGUUUCUGGUACGAUGAGUGGUGGCGGUAACCGUGUUGCACGGGGUGGCAUGUCCUCAAAACAGGUCGCAGACACCACCAAGGAACAAGUGGGACGCCUGGAAGCGGAUCUUGAGGAAUUGGAGCGGAAGUUCCAGAUCUUCCAAGAGAAGCAACGCAAUGUCGAAGCCAACAUGCGAGAGAAGACGGAAGAGAUCCCCGGUGCCAAGCGCAGCCUCGCAGACGCUCAGCGACGAGUCAAGGAACUGCAAGCGGCGCACAAGCCCUCCAAGUCCGACGAAGCUCAGGUCGCCGCCCUUGAGAAGCAAAUCGAGGCUAUGAGCGACGAAAUCGAUGAGCUCAACAGCGAGAAGAGCGGCAUUGAAGAGGAGAUCCAAGAGUUGCAGAGCAAGAUCAUGGAAGUUGGCGGUGUCCGUCUCCGUGGACAAAAAGCAAAGGUCGACGGCCUGAAGGAGCAGAUCAACAUGCUCAACGAUGAGAUCUCUAAUGCGGAGGUCCAGAAAUCCAAGAAUGAGAAGUUAAUCACCAAGCACUCUAAAGCUCGCGAUAGUUCCGAGAAGGAGAUCAGCCAGAUCACGGACGACUUGGAGAAACUUGAAGAGGAUGUCGAAAACCAAGCUAGCGAUGCUUCCGACUGGCGUCAAAAGGCCGAUGAAGCCCAGGAGGCGCUUGAGACUAAAAAGGGUGAACUGAAGUCUGUCAAGGAAGAGCUUGACGAGAAGGUGGCCGAACUCAAUGAGACGCGUGCCACUGAGAUCGAAAUGCGCAACAAGCUGGAGGAGAACCAGAAAGCCCUUGGGGAGAACCAAAAGCGGAGCCGCUACUGGGAGGAGAAGCUUUCCCGACUUUCCUUGCAAAAUAUCAGUGAUCUGGGCGAGGAGCAAGAAUCAACGGAACUUCAAACAUACACCAAGGACGAGCUGGACGCGAUGAAUAAGGAGUCUCUCAAAGCAGUCAUUGCCGCUCUGGAGGAGAAGGUUCAGAACGCAUCUGUGGAUCUCUCGGUCAUUGAAGAGUACCGCCGGCGUGCUGCUGAGCACGAGUCUCGAUCUGCCGACUUGGCCGAGGCUCUCUCAUUGCGCGAUGCCGCCAAAGCCCGCCUUGAUGGUCUUCGCUCAGCCCGUUUGAACGGCUUCAUGGAAGGAUUUGGCAUCAUCUCUCUUCGCUUGAAGGAGAUGUACCAGAUGAUCACCAUGGGUGGUAACGCCGAGCUAGAACUGGUCGACUCUUUGGAUCCCUUCUCUGAGGGCAUCUUAUUCUCAGUCAUGCCUCCGAAGAAGAGCUGGAAGAACAUUGGCAACUUGUCUGGUGGUGAGAAGACACUUUCCAGCUUGGCUCUGGUCUUUGCUCUGCAUCACUACAAGCCGACCCCGCUCUAUGUCAUGGACGAGAUUGAUGCUGCUCUGGAUUUCCGUAACGUUUCAAUUGUGGCCUCUUACAUCAAGGAGCGGACCAAGAAUGCUCAAUUCAUUGUUAUCUCGCUGAGAAACAACAUGUUCGAACUUGCUUCCCGCCUCGUUGGUGUGUAUAAGGUCAACCACAUGACCAAGAGUGUAACGAUUGAGAACAGAGACUAUAUCGAGGGCCGGUAA